UAAAGGUAAGUAUACAGAUAUACUUUCUUUCAAUCCACGGUGCGCGAACCGUCAUCAGUAUUACAACCUUCGACAUUGUCUGGGACAAUGGUUACAAAGGUUAUGCUCUUGGUUAUUUGCUAUCAACCUUGGCUAACUAUGCUAUCGAGGCGACUGGAUCUUCCUGGCGCAUUUUAUUCUGGUUGGCGCUGCUUUUGCUCUAGUAGCUGUGUUUUUCGUAUUUUUGCUCCGAAAUCGCCAACCUUUGAAAAAACAAAGGAAGCACGUAAUCUCAUGGCUCGUUCUUACAUUAUGGACGUGUGGAUCAUGUUGAAAAACCACUAUUUACGUACGAUCUACAUGAUCAUUUUGAUGGCUUUCUUUUGCUUUUUAGCACAUGUUACUCAGGAUUUAUAUCCAACAUUUCUAGAGUCCCAGCUCGGACAUUCUACAAUGGAGCAGACCGUAACCAGCGUCGUAUAUAACAUUGGAGCUAUCAUUGGUGGUAUUCUGGUAGUUCAUUACUCUUCAGAUGUUAGCCGCAAACUUUGCAUUCUCGUGUGCGCGGUGCUGGUUGGUGCUUACAUUCCUUUAUGGAUAUACGCUCACAAUAUACAACAUUCGCUUCGUUUUGGUGCUUUUGUACUGCAGUUUUUCGUUCAAGGCUCAUUUGGUGUUGUUCCUGCACAUUUGAACGAGUUAUCGCCGCCUGGCUUUAGAGGUAAUACGUCUGGUUUAUCAUAUCAGCUCGGAAAUAUGAUUAGUGCGGCCCAGUUCGCAGAUCCAGGCUAAAAGUGGCGAAAGUAUCCCAGUGAAGAAUGCAGAUGGUAGUCUUUAGCUUCGCGAAGGAACGUCCAUUGCUGAUUUUGGCCGGGUGCAAGCUAAAUUUACUAAUGUGGUUGUUGCAUGUCCGUAGCUAGUAAGAUCAGCACUACUGAUGUAAUGAUUAUUGAGGAAAAUUACAGAUCAC